AAAAACAUAUUGUGCUUUAAAGCAUUGAAUGAUAUUUCAUAUAUAUAUAUAUAUAUAUAGUCAAUUUAUGUGCCACAAAACACAAGGAUUCCCCUAUAAAAUAAUCUCAAAUGUAAACGUUACAAUCAGUGAAGUGAGCUCCAGCGCGUGUCUCCUGGACAAUAUCCUCACUUGAAGAAACUGAUCAGAGGGCUCUCCAGCUUCAGUUUCCAAUGCCACCAUCGCCUCUUGCUGCAGCCUUAGGGUUCAAGGAUUAGCCCUGAGGCCUCACACCAUGCCACAGCAUGGAACCAUGAGUUGCACUGGAGCUCUUGCUGCUCCUGCUCAGUCCCGUUGCUAUCACUGCGCUCAUGUGCUUGUCUAUAUCACUUCAGCAGCAUAAUCCACGGAACGUCACGCCUCAUAUGCUAUAUUCUCCAUCACGUCGAGAGAGAGAGAGACUUGGAAUCCAGCAUGUCGAGUACAAGCAACCUUUCACAACUUGGAUCUACAAUGAGAGCUACAUCCCACUCAACAUCUCUGGUGGGGCAGACCCACCAAGAACGCUUACGGUCCAACAAUAACCUGAAGGAUGUUACAGGACUAACUGGAACUAGUUUUGCAAGCAUCGCCAUCCCAAGGUACAGAAUAAUGCCAGAAAAACCGCAUGGGUUGCGUGGUCUUGUCGACUGGAUAUGCCAUUGGGAAAGAAACAAAGUCGAACACACUCCAAUGCUCGUCUGUUGCAAGCUGCGUGGAGGAAUUCAGGUGUAGUAAGGUAGUAAGCGUGUUGAAACAGUCACUCGGGGUCCUGAGCCAACGUGGCGGUCGUGCUUCCUUUAGAAGCAAAGCAUUCACUCCCGCGUUCAUCAUCUCUGGUUUGUAGGAUUCUUGGAUGGUAUUGAAGGAGACGAGACGACAAUUGUAAAGUCUCUGCAACCAGACUCAUUAAAGUUUGUGGGCAGCCUCUGAAGCAAAAUGUGCAUUGCACCUGAUACCUGCUGCCCAAAGCAGUUCAUUGUUUUGAGGAUCGUGCUCCGAAUGUGACGCAAAGUAAUCUUUGGUUCGAAGUUGUCAUCUGGCGGCCUUUUCCGGUAUAGAUUACAUCUGCGAAAAUUGUACACGAUGAGGCACGUAAGGACAUCGAGUACUUUAAAUUUGAAAGUACUGCCGACCCUACUCAUGGCUCUGCUGGUUCUAAAUUGCUGCUCUAGCCCUGCUUGCUGUGUUCGAAUACACGGGAUCCCGGGCACCAUAAUUGGCAGGACGCUCCUUCAAGUGAACCCUGGCUGGGAUGUCACGGCUAUCACAACUCUAACUUCAUCAACAGAUGUGCAAGUGUUGUGCAAGAGAGAGGACGUCAUAGUUAUCGACGAUCCAUGGUGGUUGAAAGUGCAUGUGUGGUCGACGGGGAUGGAGGGAUGGGUGUCGGAUUACUUCGUCCUCUGCCGUCACACCACCGGCUUCUGCAGAGUUCCUUUCUGCACUUAACAGGAAUCUGAAUACAUUCACUUAAGAAGGCACCGACCCAGAAGAUAGUCUUUUACCGACAAGGGUCUUUGAGAUGAAGGGCAUGAAAUGGUUUCGUUUAUGUCUCGGACAUGACAGCGUAAGAUCCGCCGUAACAGUGACUUGAUGCCCCCUUCGCUGGGGUGGAUGUUAACAAACGUUAAGAAGUUUCAAUUAGAGCCAUUCGUGCUUUUAAGACA